UUUUCUCCAGUUCAUUUAUUUGUCAUUUCCCCACAAACGUUUGAAGUGAGAUCUAAUUAUUCUCGUCUCCACAUAUCACCACGUAUCUGAUAUUAGCUUUAGCGGCCUAAAUUCGAGUGUGUUCCAGUGUGAGGUGCUGUUCGCCCCCCUGAGCCGCUGUUUGGCGGCGGAGGUCUGCGCUGCAGUGGUACAUUCGCAGUAAAAUGGGUGUGGUUGAAUCGCGCAUAUAUGAUGCUACGUGUUUCUGCUGCAGACCGACUGAUUUCAUAUGGGACUAAACUGACAUCAGAGUGAGCGGCACAUUAUCUGAAUGAUUUAGAAAACAACUGUAACGUUACUGUUGUUUCUGUUGAAUUCACCCCGCCUCCUAUUCUGGCACAGUCACACAUUUGAACUGAUGGAUGGGUUAUGCGCCUCCGGAGAGAUAGCCAAGUCGGUUUUGGUUUCUUCAUUUUAAUUUAUUUAAAAGGCCACGGCCUCGCGUUGUAUUGAACUGGUCAUUUCUUGGACGAGGAGCAACGCUCAAAACGAAGAGAGCAGAAGGAGAAGACAGAGGAAGACGACACUCGGGAGGAUCAAGCAACGCAGUAUAAAGACAAUGACGGCAUGUGCUUGAUUUGAAAGCUUUACUCUAUUUGAACUUAUUACAUCUGUCGGCAAUUUACACCAUUUAAGGAGCAAAAUCAUUUUCCUCUUUCAAAAGCAAAGUGUACUGAAACCAGGAAUACCGUGGAAAAGGCUUUUUUUCAAUCCUCAGUAAACGACAGGGCGACAUGGUAGCGCUGUACUUCAUGAUAACAUCGUUUUGAUUCGUUUCACACAUGAAAGACACAGUUGCCGAGGCCUAACUAGCACUAGGAGAAAACCCACAGUAUGCAGUCCUAAACAUUUUCCAGCAGAAAAAUUCCCUGCGAAUUACUUCCGCAACCCACUUCAGCAUUCCUCUGAUUUCACGCGGAGAUUGAAGCCAAACAGGAAGAUUAACAGCCGUGAGUGGUGAAUUGAUGGAGCAGAAGCCUCCUGUACUUCAGCUGGACGCAGCCUCCAGUGCUUCACUCACUCUACUGCUCUGAUUAUGGUGUCUGCGGGGGUGAGAGAGGUCAGAGGGUAAAGGUUAAAGGCCAUUUCAAGAUGAGUGAGCUCGAGCAGCUUCGUCAGGAGGCUGAGCAACUGCGCAGUCAGAUCAGAGAUGCCAGGAAAGCAUGUGGGGACUCCACACUCACUCAGAUAACAGCGGGCCUGGAUCCGGUGGGGAGGAUACAGAUGAGGACGAGGCGCACACUGCGUGGGCAUUUGGCUAAAAUCUACGCCAUGCACUGGGGCACAGACUCCAGGCUUCUUGUUAGUGCCUCACAGGAUGGAAAACUCAUUGUCUGGGACAGCUACACUACGAACAAGAUGCAUGCCAUCCCGUUACGGUCAUCAUGGGUGAUGACGUGUGCGUAUGCGCCGUCAGGAAACUUUGUGGCCUGUGGCGGACUGGACAACAUUUGCUCCAUAUACAGCUUAAAGACUAGAGAGGGCAAUGUUCGAGUCAGCCGAGAGCUGCCUGGACACACAGGUUACCUUUCCUGUUGCCGUUUCAUAGAUGACAAUCAAAUUAUCACCAGUUCAGGAGACACAACCUGUGCUCUGUGGGACAUUGAGACUGGUCAGCAGACCACACUGUUCUCAGGUCACAGUGGAGAUGUGAUGAGUCUGUCAUUGGCUCCAGAUUCACGGACCUUCAUCUCGGGGGCCUGUGACGCCUCCAUUAAACUCUGGGAUAUCAGAGAUAGCAUGUGCAGACAGACGUUCACCGGACACGAGUCCGACAUCAACGCUGUCUGUUUCUUCCCCAGCGGCAGUGCGUUCGCAACUGGUUCUGACGACGCCACCUGCAGGCUGUUUGACCUGCGCGCGGAUCAGGAGCUGUGUUUAUACUCUCAUGAUAACAUCAUCUGUGGCAUCACCUCUGUGGCCUUCUCCCGCUCUGGCCGUCUGCUGCUCGCCGGCUACGAUGACUUCAACUGUAACAUCUGGGACGCCAUGAAGGGAGACCGAGCAGGAGUGCUGGCUGGCCAUGACAAUCGUGUGAGCUGUCUUGGGGUCACAGAUGAUGGCAUGGCUGCAUGCACAGGUUCCUGGGACAGCUUCCUGAAGAUCUGGAACUGACCACACACACAGCUCUAUUGUACACAUUAUUUACUCAUCACACACAAUGUAUGUACUUUACUGUACAUAUGAUAUACACUUGCCUACACAGACACAUGGCUGACAAAUAAACUGUACAUACUAUAUAUAAUUAGUUACACGUUUACACCAAACUCUAUAGUGCGACAUCAUUCUAUAUAUAUAUAGUCACACUAUAUAGGUAGGUUUGGACCACAAGUUUGAAACAGGAAUGUUUACACACACUUACUCCCCCCCCCUUAGGCUUUGCUGGACCUACAUGGUACCUUCACUUACUAAGAGACACAAGUACAUGUGGAGAAAUGUGCAUUUGAGUGAGCGGUCUAAUUUGAGCGUACAAAUCCAAAACAUUUCUGUGACCUGCUUUAUUUUGAGACUGAACCUUGAGCUCGGAGUGAUGGGUGUUGAUCCAUUAAAGAGCAAUUUUUGUUCUUACUUCCAUUGCCAUCUAUAAUAAAAAAUAAGCCUAAAGUACUAAUGUUUCCAUGAGCAUGUAGAGUUGAAGAGAUGGAAGACCUGAGACAGUUACCCACCAAGAGUCGAUUCAGAUCACACUUUAUGUAGUCCAUGUUUUUUUAGCUGCGUAUGCCAGGCAUAUUCCAGUAUACAAGUAAAUAUAUGAUGUUUUGUCUUUAAUUUUUGUUUAGAUUUCACAUUUUUAAAAAGCUUUUAUUCAUGUUUACCUGUGUGCCACACCCUAAGGAGAAUAAAGAAAACUAAAAACAAA